GUUUUUGGACAUUUUAGAUCCGGUUCCAGGAGGCUGAACAUCUUCUCAGUCUGCAUCCCGAACACACAGCAUGUGAUUUUCUCCAUGUCAGACCACACAGGUGGAUUGAUGAACCGUUUUUGGUCAAGGUGGUCUUCAUGAGCAGAGUCAAGGCUUUACUACAGAUCACUGGAGGAUUCGCACAGGACACAAGCCAUAUCGGUGUUCUAAAUGCCAUAAAUGUCUUGGAUACUCUUCAACAUCGAUCCAGCUUUUCAGUGUUCUUGAAGCGACUCUGCCUUUAGAAUAAAGUCCGAUAAUCUCAGAUACAGAAUGGCUGGCACUGGAGAGAGGCCAUUUUCAUGUUCUUAUUGCAAAAAAACUUUUAAAGGAGAGCAAAGUCUUAUUAAACACCAGAAAUUCCACAAAGAUGAGAAGUCCUUUAAAUGCUCUGAAUGCAACAAAGUUUUCCCAUGGAAGUCCAAACUGAUCAAACACCAGAUGAUUCACACCGAAGGGAACCCAUAUCGAUGUUCUGAAUGUGACAAAGCUUUUGCAUCAAAUUCAGAGCUGAUCAGCCACCAGAGGGUUCACACUGGGGAGAAGCUGUAUAAGUGUUCCGAAUGUGACAAAGCUUUUACAGGAAAGGGUCCUCUUAUCCGACACCAGAGGAUUCACAAUGGGGAGAAUCUGUAUCCGUGUUCUCAGUGUAAAAAUGUGUUUUUAAAGAAGUCAACCCUUCACAAACACCAGAUGAAUCACACUGGAGAGAAGCAUUAUCCGUGUUCUGAUUGUGACAAAACUUUUGCAUCAAAGUCAUACCUUAUUAGUCACCAGAAGGUCCACACUGGGGAGAAGCCCUAUCAGUGUUCAGAAUGUGACAAAGCUUUUUCAGAGAAGAGUAAACUUAUCAGACACCAGAGGAUUCACACGGGAGAGAAGCCAUAUCAGUGUUCUGACUGUGACAAAGCUUUUACGCAGAAGACGCAUCUUCUAACGCACCAGACGAUUCACACCGAAGAGAAGCCAUUCCAAUGUGUUGAAUGUGGCAAAGCUUUUAGAGUGAAGGCAAAGCUUAUCAAGCACCAGAGGAUUCACACUGAGAAGCCAUUUCCAUGUUCUGAAUGCGACAAAGCUUUUAGAGUGCAGUCAAAGCUGAUCAUACACCAGAUGAUUCACACCGGACAGAGGCCAUAUCGGUGUUCUGAAUGUUUUCGAACUUUUAGAAUGAAGUCGCAUCUUAUUCUACACCUGAGGAUUCACCGCCCUUCAGCUGCAGUAGAAGGGGGGAAUGUUAACGGGUAGCAGCUAAGCUGCAAUGAAAAAGCUUGUGGGCGUCUCAUCGGUUUCAUCCCUCGUGUCACCCCACAAGUUGGUAUAAAAGUAAAAAGAAAUA